AUGUUAGAUGAACUGACUCAAUAUUAUGGAUUUAAUCGAGUAAUUCAAAUCUCUCAGUUAAUAGAAGAUUUUGUAUUUUCGAUUGCUCAAUAUAAUGGAUUUAGAAGUUGGUACAGUCAUGAAAAAUCUAAUGUUGAAGUAGCUCGGAUAUUAAUUCGUAUCGCAAAUCUCUAUUAUAAUUGCUCUGCUAUCAUUGCUUCUCAAUUAUGUCCUGAUGAAAAUUGUUUAUACGAACCAACUUACUAUACAAAACUUGUUCUCAUUCUAUUUAGUCUUUUUGCGAUGAUGGAAGAUUUAGUUCGAAAUGAUGAAACGAUUGGUUCUAGUCUUACAAGUUACACAAUAAGCACUGAAUUGAAGAAUAUUUCUUUAAAAUUAGUCAUUCCGCAAUUAGCUUUGCCAGAGAGAAAAUGGUUUGACUUAUUAAAUAAAAUUGAAGAAUAUUUUGAAUUAUUUAAAACUGAUGUUGAACAAAUACCUUUGAAGGGUCGUUUAUUCAAAAAUGGUCAUCCUUUCGUAUGUUUGCCGAGCAGAAUUGUUAAUCAUUUACAUUAUAAAGAAUGCUCUGGAACACAAAAUUUUCUUGUAGAAGUUGCUGAGAGAAGUGCUUUUGGACAGAUAUUGCAUUGUUAUCAAACAAAAACUAAAGAAUCUGUAAACAUUCGAGUUAGUUUCCUGGCAAAUAAUAAUAUUUGGAUUGAAGCUAAUAAUGAAACAUUUGUUUCACGAAGUUAUUUAAAUGGAUUACCGAAAUUCUUUCUAGAGGAUUCUUCACAUUUGGAAAAUGAAACAAAAUUUUUUUAUAGUCAUUGGUAUGUGAAUGACAAGAUACUUAUUAAAAAUGAAAAUAAAACAGUGAAAUUGGUCAUAGACUUAAAUAAUAACGAAAUUUAUUCAAAUGAUCAUGACAAAUUUCUUAUUCCUUUCACUAAAGAUGCAUUUGAUCCAUCAAAUGUCUUAUAUACGAUAUUUUCUCGAUUUGAAGACGAAAAUUAUAUAUUAGCAUUAAAAAAUAAUCAACAAGACAGUGAAGCAGUCAUAAUCUAUCUACCUAGACUAAAUUUGAAAUUCAGUAUUCAGGGUCAAAAAAUUAAAUCGGAAGAUUUUAAAGAUUAUCGUUUAAGUCCAAAUCAACAUAUUAAUACACUUUUCGGACUGCCACAGUAUUUAGUAAUAGAACUAGAUAUUGAAACUAAUAAUCCAAUUAAGUUCAAUCGAAAAAUAAUUAUUCCCUAUCACCCAAUUGAAAAUAAAAAAGCGUUUUUUUCUAAUGCAAUUCAGUUUAAUUUAGAUAAAGUCGGAAAGCCAGCGUAUUUUUCAUAUGAAAUUGAUGAAAACGUGAAAAGUCUCAAUUCAGAAACGACAGCUGGGAGUCUAUAUCUUGCUCUACUCUAUUUUAAAACUGCGACUUUAGAUAAAGAUGCGUUCCUUGAAAUGAAUGGUUAUGAAGUUUGUGCGGAAAUUCUUAAAACCUGUUGGCAAAAUUGUCAAUAUUCAGACAUAGAAUUUAAUAUAAUUUUAAAAUUUUUUGAAAGUACAUGUCCAGAUUUAGAAAAGCCAUGGUCGAAUUAUGCUGGCAAAGAAGAGGAAAUGUUUAAAAGUGCUAUUCAUGGACUGAAUCCUCAUCAUCGUAAUACUUACGCUAUUUUUCUUCGAUUAAUUUAUCUUUUAUUAAGUAGUUAUCAAACAGAUUUUUUAAUUAAACCAGAUGGCAUAUCAUUUCAACUUUUACUUGAUUUUCAAGGAUCGUAUUGA